AUGAAGGACCGAAACCUCAAGCUCAUUGCCAUCGGACACGUUGUUGCUACAGUCAUCAUCCAAGGGGCCAUUCUUUGUAUGAUGAAGAGCAAUGCCAUGGACGUUACAGAGAAGACGAAGAUCAAGAGGGAAGAUCAACCCAUCAAAGAGAAACCCGACACGACUGUACCGACCGACGCAAUGGACAGUGUUAACCCCCGUCCCUCGACAGAGUCCACGCGGUCGAGCACCUCAACGAGUACAGCGGUAUCAACGUCAGAAAAGCCCGGUUUCCUGAAAAGCUUUACCAGCAAGAUCCCAGGAGUACAGACUGCUGAAGAAGUUUCCGCAACUGAGACCACUGGUGCAGGAAUUCCGAAGAAAGAGGAGACAGUAGCAGAGGGACUUGCGAGUAUGUUGAUGGGCCUGGCAUUCUUGUCUCCCGGCCACUUGAUGAUGUUGUGGGGCACAAUACGCCUUGCGAAAUGCAUCUUCGUAGACCGAGAGAACCAUGACACCAGACAACAGCGCGAAACUAGAGACAGCCUCAUUCUUUUUGGUAUUGUCUACGGGUUGGUUCUCGUCAUUAACAUUGCCUGCAUCCUCAACUUAUUUUCUCAGGGUGCCGCGAAGUCUCAGGACGAAGAGAGCGUCAAUAACGAGGAAAGGGAGAAAAGGCGCGCCGCAGAAGCAAAGAAAGCUUCGUCAACAGCCUUGAACUACAUUCACUACGGGAACAGGGGUCAGCAAGAGCUAGUAGGAUGGGUAAGCAAGGAUUACGUCGAAGGCUAG